CUCUCCCAAAAACUUGGAUUUGAACGGUUCAAUAAGAAAGCUUUACGAAAUUUGGCAACUGAUCGAAACUACAUAUAUCUGAAAUGGGUUCGCGCUAUAUGGUCUACUGGCGCGUCUACGUCUAUGCGAACAACUUGUAUUCGCUGCCAGAGGACGAGUCGCGCAGCUACCGCGAAUGCACGCCAUUGGUGUACAGGCGCAAUUCGGAUGAGGUGCAUCGUCUGCUUUGCUUUGCCAAUCGUGAGUUGUCCGUGCUGCUGUGCAACGCGCAGGCGGAGCUGUUGACCGUCUUCGAUGUGCUGCAGGAGCUGCUGCUCGAGGUGAACAUGAGGAGUCUGGAGUUCAACAUGUCGCUGUCCUACUUUCUGGGAUCGAAGACCAGCCACUUUGUGCACGAGCUCAUCAACUUUGCUCGCUCGCCCUACGACGAUAUGAUUAGCUACGAGUGCAAUGUGAGCUAUAUGGAGAGGCCCAUCGAAAUUGCUAAGCAGGUGGCGGACGGUAUGGUGGAGGGGGAGGCGGAGGGUGAUGAGGAAACGCAGCAGCAGAAGCAGCCGCCGGAGCAGCAGCCGGUGAAGCAGCAGCCGCCGCCGCAGCCGCCGUUGAGCACUACGAAACUCAUGCGUAACUUCGUGGAGUUCUCCAAGUGUGUGGAUGAGGAUGAGUGUGUCGGCUUCUCGGCUGAGCUGGAGGCAGAGGAUGAGGUGCCCGAUGAGAUCGAAGAUCUGCUCGAUAUGAGUGAUACGAAUACGGAGUCACCAUUAGUGAUAGAGCUACAUCGCCUGCUCGCCGAGCACAAUGCGACAGGCGUACUGCGCUCCCGUCAGAGGGCCGGCCAAGCGAGCAGUGACCAGGUGCAGAGUUCGGACAACACUGCAGCGGCAGGAGCAGCAUCGAACGGACUUGCAGCAGCAGCUGGAGGCGGUGCAGCGGCUACAGGCACAACUGGCGGCGUCUUCGACAUGAAUACCAAUACCGUUAUUAACAUGAAUUCGAACUCGAACUCCAACUCGAUUUCUAGCACUAACAACAACAGCAACACUGCUGGCACAUCGUCCAACCUGUUGAGCAAUGAUCUAGGCCUCGAGGUGGCCAUCGAGCGCAGUAUGCUGGAUCCCGAUAUCUUUAUGCCGCGGCGUGGCCAGCCCCUGUUGCCCACUGCGGGCUACCCACGCAACUUGGCUCGCCCAACGGACCCCAACAGCGGUGCAGCGGCCAUGGCAGCAGCAGCGGCCAGCAUGCCUCGUCUGUCGAGCAGCUUGCGUGCGGCGCUCCGCUCGCGGUCCCGUGGCUCCAGCGUGACGCCCAAGCGACGACGCACCACGAAUCGCGAUGUCGACCAUUGA